AUGCCGUCCAAAACUAACAACGGCGUCGGGGUCCAGGUUGAGGACACCAAGAUAUGCGUCGUCAUGGUUGGUUUGCCCGCGCGCGGGAAAAGCUACAUUGCCCAAAUAGCCCAGCGAUACCUGCAAUGGCUCUCCAUCCCGUCGCAGACGUUCAACGUCGGCAACUAUCGGCGUAACGAUGCGCCACAGCCCACAGCUGACUUCUUCGACACCAACAACGUCGAAGGUGAGCGGAAGCGCCGCGCUGCCGCCGAGGCCGCUCUCGCAGACAUGCUUAAGUGGUUCCGGACCGGCGGCGUCGUUGCCAUCCUCGAUGCCACCAAUUCCACAAAGGAGCGCCGCAAAUGGGUCAGCGACACGUGCGAGGCUCACGGCAUUGAGGUCCUCUUCGUCGAGAGCAAGUGCGACGAUGAGGACAUCAUCAUGGCCAACAUCCGCGACGUCAAGACGACGAGCCCAGAUUACCGCGGCCAGGACCCCGAAGCUGCGGCCCAGGACUUUCGCAACCGCAUCCGCAACUACGAAAAGAUCUACAAGACCAUCGACGAGGAUGGUGACGAGGACGCCUACACGUACCUCAAGAUCAUGGAUGUCGGUAAGCAGGUCAUCAUCAACCGCAUCCAAGACUACCUCCAGAGCCGCAUCGUCUACUAUCUCAUGAACCUCCACAUCCGCCCGCGCUCGGUCUGGCUGUCAAGGCACGGCGAGUCCAUGUACAACCUGGAGGGCAGAAUUGGAGGCGACACGCUUUUGUCUCAAAGAGGCGAGCUGUACGCGAGGAAACUGCCAGAGCUCGUCCGCGACUCUGUAGGAGAUGACCGUCCCCUGACUGUCUGGACGUCGACAUUGAAGAGGACGAUUGCGACGUCUCGCUUCCUUCCGCAAAACUACAACCAAUUGCAGUGGAAGGCCCUCGACGAGCUCGAUUCGGGCGUCUGCGACGGCCUGACGUAUCAGGAAAUCAAGGAUCGUUAUCCGGACGACUUUGCCGCCCGCGACGAGGACAAAUACAACUAUCGGUAUCGCGGCGGCGAGUCGUACCGUGACGUUGUGAUUCGCCUGGAGCCCAUCAUCAUGGAGCUGGAGCGCAGCGAAGAUAUCCUCAUCGUCACUCACCAGGCCGUCCUGCGAUGCAUCUACGCCUAUUUCAUGAAGAAGGACCAGGCCAAGAGCCCCUGGAUGAACGUGCCGCUGCACACUCUCAUCAAGCUCACGCCGCGGGCCUACGGGACAGAGGAGGUGCGGUACGAGGCCAACAUCCCUGCGGUGAGCACGUGGCGGGGCAAGGGAAGUACUGCGAAGCAUGAGAACCCUGCCCCGGAGACGCUGUAG